UCCGAUCUGCUUUCGUUUACUGCUCUGCUCCUAUAUUUUCUGUCUCUAUAGAACUAGAGAAAACCCCAAAAGUAACUCUACUUGGAAAACCAACAAUGACUGAAACUUCUUCAUCAACAGCAGCAAUGGCAAAAUCAGAUGAAGAUAGAGAAGAAAUAUUGGAUCGAAUGUUAACACGUUUAGCUUUUACAGAUGAUGAUAAACUCGAUAACUUACUUUUCAAGCUUCUUCCUUACUCUAUUUCUUCACUUAGUUCUCAAUCUUCAGCUGUUCGGAAAAAGGUUAUGGAGAUAUUGACUCAUGUGAAUAAACGAGUGAAGAACCAGCUUCAGAUUAGUUUGCCUGUGUCAGAAUUGUGGAAGAUGUAUAUAGAAGCUAAUGCCGCUCCCAUGGUGAAGAAUUUCUGCAUUGUAUAUAUUGAGAUGGCAUUUGAUCGCUUGUCUUUAGAGUUGGGUAUCUUGCACGUGGUUGAAGCUCUGGAGCUAUCUUCUGAACUUGUCUAUGUUAUUUAUUUGGCUGCUUGUUCAGACAGCUAUGAGCCCGUCAUUAAGAGAGGGGAGGAACUUUUAAAAAGAAAGGCAGCUGAUGCCAACUUGGAGGACCCGCAACUGAUAAACAAACUCUUUUUGCUAUUUAAUGGUAUGUGGUACUGUCGGGGUUGA